AGGCACUGCUAGUCAAAUAAGUUAUAGUCUUUGCCGCUCGGACCACGAGUCAAGCAAGUCGUCUCAGAGUGGACAGAAGUGACCCAGGUCCCGAGUUCUAGUUGGAGACACAAACGACAAACACAUCCUCCUCACCUGAGGGCGACCCAGUUAAAGAAGACCCCUGACAUUUGUCAACACCAACUGAGACAGAGGAACAGUUGAGGAGGGGGAGCAUCAGCAUUGGGAACUGACAAGCGUGAAACCAACUUGAGCAUGGGGAGUCCAGGCUGUGAACACACAGGCUUCACCUCACACUCACCUCUUUACAUCAGCCACCCACACACUGAAACCAGGACGGCAUGGCUGGAUGAUGGGGAGGACAUCAAACCCCCACGCAGCUUGUUGGGGCUUCCCGAGCUCAGCUUGCCAGGGGUCUACCUCCCCUGCUGUGACAGAUUAUCUAUGGAGGAAAACCCUUGGAUCCUGAGGAUGACAGAGGCCCCUGCUUCUGUUACUGCUCCUCCAUCCAGGUCUCCGGAGAUGAACUCAGCCAAGCCCAGCGAGGUCCCGGGACCCCCCUCUGAGAUGGAGGGCCAGGUGGAAGAGCGCUGCCUGGAGCAGGUCCAGACCAUGGUGGUGGGAGAAGUGCUGAAGGAUGUCGACACGGCAUGCAAACUUCUCAACAUCGCACCAGACCCGUUGGACUGGAGCUGUGUACAUGUUCAAAAGUGGCUACUCUGGACCGAGCACUUGUACAGGCUGCCACAGGUCAGCACCAUGUUUCAGGAGCUCACUGGGAGGGAGCUGUGCUACAUGACAGAAGCAGACUUCAGACUACGCUCCUCACAGUUUGGGGACAUGCUGUAUGCACAUCUGGACAUCUGGAGAUCAACUGCAGCAAUGAAGGCGCGCUGCCCAAAAGAAGAUGACAAAUCUGCAGCUGAUGAUGAUUCCUGGUCAGAAGUGAUCAGUAACUAUCCAAACCAGCCCAUACACCUUUGGCAGUUCCUCCGAGAGCUGCUGCUCAAGCCUCAUAACUACAGCCGCUGCAUCCGCUGGCUCAACAAGGAGAAAGGGAUUUUCAAAAUUGAGGACUCAGCUCAUGUGGCCAGGCUAUGGGGCAUCAGGAAGAACCGCCCUGCUAUGAACUACGACAAACUGAGUCGCUCCAUACGCCAGUACUACAAGAAAGGCAUCAUUAGAAAGCCGGAUGUAUCACGCAGACUGGUCUACCAGUUUGUCAACCCCGUAUUUUGAAGAGAAAUCAGACGAUCCAAAGAUAACGAGCUGAAGAGGGACCGAAGAUAUGCUGGACAUACAGUAGAAGUAACUCAGAACCUCGUUAGCUUUUAUUUAAUGUUUUAAUGUUUACUGUUUGUAAAGACUGCCUAUUGAACUAUGCGCUCCUGCCUAUCAAAGAAUCACUCUACUUUUAAAUUCUUCAACACUGCAUUUUGUUUUAUUUCAUUCAAACUCCCUCGUUUGAAUUUUUUUAUUUUAGUGUGAUUAUUUUGUUUUUGUAAAGGAAACAUUUCUGCUUUUAUCUACGGGAACAUCUAAAGCCCCUGCUAGGAAUUUUAAGUUAUUUAUGAAACAGACAAAAAUUGUUAGUGAUGUUUUUUAUGACUUACAAAAGCAAACAUGAUCAUCAGCAAAAACACUGACUGUUUCUAUAUUGUAAGCUAUUCUUUUAAUGCCAAUAACUGCUGCCACAGGGCAGUGGGCAGAUAAGACGAUCUACACAUAGUGCAGGGACGGCCCCCUUUUUUUUCUUAAUAAGUUAUAUUUGACUAUUAAAAGAAAACAGGACGAGGCUUUUGGUUAAAACAAACACUGCACAUACACAACACAUUCAUCAGUAAGGAGAUCAGAGACACUGCUAUGUCUACAGGGUGCACAAAAAUGGGACACAAUCCAAAAGUUCCUCACAGAAGCUUUAAAUAAGUGAUGUAAAUUGUACUAUUUGAUUUCUUGUUGAGAGGGUGAAGUGAAGAUUGACACCACUCUAAAAUACGUCGCUUAAAUAUGUAGAGCUAGCAGUGGCUAGCUCAAAUUAACCUAGAGGCUGGAAACAGCUAGCCUUGCAUUUUCUAGGAGGUCAAAAAACCCUUAUAUAGUUUAAUGUGUGUUAUUUUCAUCCAUUAAUAAUGUUGUUAAGCAAUGUUUAGGAAUGGGAGGACAUUUAAUAACUCCAAACAGCUAGACUGUUUCCAGUCUUUGUGCCAAGCUAAGCUAACUGGCUGCUGGUUAAGCUACACAAUUACACUGACAUUUAUGAUGGCAAUAAUCACAUCAAACUCUUUCAAAAAGAAAAUAAGAAUUCAUUUCUUUUACUCCCCAAAUCUCCAAGUAUUCCUUUGAGUCUUCUUUUUAACAACACUUUUCAUUUCAAAUCUUUUCGGGAAAAUUUAGAAAUUGCAGAGCAAUGCCAAAGUAAGUGAAUAUUUUAUGAAACCUGCCGUUUGAUUGAAAGUCCUUUUUACAUUUCUGUCUUUGGGUUUGUUUUUCAAAUCUACAAUAAAGUAAGAAAUAACCACUUUUCCUUUCAUUUAAAGUAUAAUAUAUAUCAUUUCAGGACAUCCAAUAAACACACAGACACUAACUUCCAUUUUUUUUUUUCAACAAACUUGUUUCCCUUUCAGACCAAUAUCGCAAUAUUGACACCAUCACAACAAAUUUGAGUCGGGGCUUUCAUCACUAUCUUCAUUAUUAUCUGUGAUCAUAAUCAUCUUUAUGCAUAUUUAAAUGAACUUCUUGUUACAUCAAGAUGAACAGGCACUACACCAGUUAGGAGAUAAAA